AUGGCUAGCACAGUUGGACAGACCAUCACCUGUAAGGCCGCCGUCGCCUGGGCUGCUGGUGAGCCUCUCUCCAUUGAAGACAUUGAGGUCCUGCCUCCCCGCGCUCAUGAGGUGCGUAUUCAGAUUCACCACACUGGUGUCUGCCACACAGAUGCCUACACUCUCUCCGGAAAGGACCCUGAGGGUGCUUUCCCGGUUGUUCUGGGUCACGAGGGUGCCGGUAUUGUCGAGUCCGUUGGUGAGGGUGUGACCUCCGUCAAGCCUGGCGACUACGUUAUCGCGCUUUACACCCCCGAGUGCGGUGAGUGCAAGUUCUGCAAGUCUGGCAAGACCAACCUGUGUGGUAAGAUCCGUGCCACCCAGGGUAAAGGUGUCAUGCCUGAUGGCACUUCCCGUUUCAAGGCUCGCGGUAAGGACCUGCUGCACUUCAUGGGUACCUCCACUUUCUCCCAGUACACUGUCGUUGCCGAUAUCUCCGUCGUGGCCGUCACUCCUAAGAUCUCCACCGACCGAUCCUGCCUGCUCGGCUGUGGUAUCACCACUGGUUACGGUGCCGCUGUUGUCACCGCUAAGGUUGAGGAAGGUUCUAACGUCGCUGUCUUCGGUGCUGGCUGUGUCGGUCUGUCCGUUAUGCAGGGUGCUGUCAAGAACAAGGCUGGCAAGAUCAUUGCUGUUGAUGUCAACGAUGGCAAGGAGGCUUGGGCUCGCAAGUUCGGUGCUACCGACUUCGUUAACCCUACCAAGCUGUCUGGCAAGACCAUUCAGGAGCACCUGAUCGAGAUGACUGACGGCGGUUGCGACUACACCUUCGAUUGCACUGGUAACGUUGGUGUCAUGCGCGCUGCUCUCGAGGCCUGUCACAAGGGUUGGGGUGAGAGCAUUGUUAUUGGUGUUGCUGCUGCUGGUCAAGAGAUCUCCACUCGUCCAUUCCAAUUGGUCACCGGUCGUGUCUGGAAGGGAUGUGCUUUCGGUGGUAUCAAGGGCCGCACUCAGCUCCCUGGUCUGGUUGACGACUACCUGAACGGUGAAUUGAAGGUCGAUGAGUUCAUCACCCACCGUGAGCCUCUGUCCAACAUCAACACUGCCUUUGAGCAGAUGAAGCAGGGUGACUGUGUCCGUUGUGUCGUGGAUAUGAAAUAG